AUUAGAGAAGGAGUUUAUUUGAUUGAAUUUCUGUUCUGUAGGAUUAUUAACCUCGUGAAGCUAAACCCAGGCACUGGAACCGGUUUAGUCUGGUGUUGUUUUCUCCCCUGGACUCGUUUCAUUUAGUCUUUAAUGUUUAACAUUGUCAUGUUGCUGAGAAACCACAGAGCGGCAGAUAAACAGACAGGAAGUGAGGUAAUGUUAACUCUCCUCCCUGCUGAAGACGCCAGCGUAGUGGCACUAAACCCAAUCCGAGCUGCUCGCACUGGCAGCCCAUCUUAUCCUGCUGCUCACUGAUUUCCCAUCUUCCUUAUUCCUGACUCAGCUGAUCAGGACAUGGUUCAGAUGCUCUGAUGACCUCACUGUUGUGUCACUUCCUUUAACACAGCGUGUCUGUGAUGUCGUAUUAGUAGCUGUGAUGUCAUAACGGUUUCUGUCCUCCAGUUUGAGCAGCUCGGCCUGUUGGUCGGAACGAGAUGGAGUUUUCAGCAGUUGUAGAGAAGUCCAGACUGUUCUAUAGAAGUGCUGUGUGUUUUUAUUUGAAGUGUUGUGUGAAGCAUUAAAGCAGCUGUGUGUCACUACACAACAUGUUUGUUAUUAUGGCUGGAGGUGUGUGGAUCCUGAUGCUGGUGUCUGGUGUCGCUCCACUACUGUGUUCAUUUCCUUGUAGUCGUUCUGGUAAAAACGCUCUGAUCCCAUCAUCUCACACCACGUGAUACAAGCGUACGCUGUUACGCUGAUAAACAGACGACGGGAAACGACUGCGAUCUGGACGUCUUUCAGGAUUAACGAUCAAAGCAGAACAAACGUGUGUGUGUCAGCUGUCAUCGUUGAUAACACUUCAUAGACAUCAGUUAUGACGUGUGUAUGUCCUCCCAGGCUGUGACUUCUCUAAACACACACACACACACACACACACCCACACACACACACUGUUCAGGUCUGUUUUUAACCUGUAGCGUAAGUGUGGAAUAAUGUGAACUUGUCAACAUGUAAAUAAAGAACUAAUGAGUAAUGAUCUGUAUUAAUUAAUAUAACUUAUUAACAGAGACAUUUAAAGGACUGCGUUUGUAAUAGAUUUACUCCUGAAAUUGUAGAAGAGCAGAAAUAAGUGAAGUGCUCACACACACACACACACACACACACACACACGUUCUACCAUUAACUGCUGUGGACUGGGAGAGUUCUGAGCUUAUUUUAAAACUGGAUUGUGAUUGGUCAGAAGGUGUUGAUUAGUUUUCUAGAACAGCAGGUUUAUAUUAAUGCACUCGUUCUAAUACGUUAUCGUUUCCAUAGUAACAGCUCGUUCACAGCGACUCUGUAAGGAGAUGUUUGUGUAACAUUUAUGGAAGGAGUCUCCAGUGUCAGCGCUUUGUAACAGGACAGAGGAGUUUACGCUUCUUUGCGGUUUCUCGGUAACAGGACGAGUUUUUAUCUUAUUAACUUGAAGAGAGAGAAAAAGAGGCUGGUGAGGGAACGAGUGUUUAUAGCUGCUGUAACGUAAGUUAUAUUUCAUCACUGAAUUACAGACGAAUGUUUUUAAAAUGUAACGAAUUCCAGUAAAUUGCAGGUUUAAUUAUAAAAUGUUGGUGUGAGUCGAUUUCUCUCUCCUGCUUUAUUCUCCACCUGUGCAGUGCUGAUGGUGGUGUUGUGUCUCCUCAGCCAUGCAGUCCUGCAGCAUUCAUCACUGUGUCCUGUUCUUCCUCACCCUCACAUUCACCACUGCUCCUGUAUCAGCUGCUGUCUUUUCUACAACGGUGAAGGGUCGGCUUCAUCAGUCUGUGAUUCUCCCAUGUGAAAAUAAAUGUUCUGGUUCAGUCAAAUGGGCCUUAUUUAAUAAUCGAGAUGUUGUCUUCGCUCGGUGUGAUCAGACAUCAUGCAGCUCAGUGAAGGAGGGAUAUGAAAUGUCUCAUGCUCAGUACCUGAAGGGAGAUCUCUCUCUCACCAUCACUGCAGCUGAUUACAGUAAGAGGAACACAUACGUGUGUGAAUGUGGAAUCAACGACAUCUCUACUGUGAGCCUCAGAAUUGAGACUGUGUUCUCAGCAGUUCAGAUGAAUCCUGGUGAAGAUCUGAUCCUGGAUUUGAGCGUACCAGAGCCAGUGGAGGUGAUUUAUAAAAGCAGAGAUUCAGCUGAUGGGGAACAGAUCUGCACUGUGACUCAACGCUCACUACAGUGUAAAGCUGAAUACACACCCAGAACAUCACUCAGUUACCCAGAGCUCACACUGAGAGACGUGCAGUCGAGUGAUAGUGGAAGUUACACCAUCCGGGACCUGAAGAAUAACGAAGACAUUCGUGUGUACGCCGUCUCUGUGGCAGGGGACUGUGCCGUACCACACUGGGCAGUUAGGGUGAUAGCGGUGCUGACUGCGUUUGUGGUGAUGUUCUGUGCCGUGUGUUGUUGGUUUAGCCAUAAAGUGUACUGUGACCGUUGUAAACCCUCUAACUAAGAUUCCUGAA